UGAUGAAGACUGGAGAGAGUGGUCUGACUGUGUUCAGACUCCUGACUAAGGAAAACCAGUGGAAGUGGGUCCAGGCCAAUGCCCGGCUGGUGUAUAAGAAUGGGAAACCAGAUUACAUCAUCGCCACCCAGAGGCCUCUUUUGGAUGAAGAAGGAGGAGAACAUUUGCGUAAGCGCUCUAUGCAUCUACCCUUUACGUAUUCUACAGGAGAAGCCCUGCUCUAUCAGUCCAAUCAUCCCAUCGCAGGCUUUAGAGAUGGCAGCUGUGUAAAAAAUUUUAGCAAGGCAAAGAAGAAUCGGACUGAUAAGCUGCUGACGGAUGGCCUGGACCCGGGCUCCCUUCUUGGGGCACUCAUGAGUCAGGAUGAGUCAGUGUAUGUUUGCCAGCCAGCUGUGGAGCCCAAGCUGUCAUUUCACAGCAGCUUCUUUGCAGAGCACGUUAGUUUCUCUGAAAGUGAACCCUCCAACCUGCACAGAAGCUGGAAUGAACCUGCUAAUAGUGUCGUAGGUCCAGGCAUCACAGAACCAGGUACCAGCUUUGACCCACUGCUGGCUACUUUGGACUCGCUCUCUUUGGAGGGCCAAGGGAUGGAUGCAGAAGAGAGGAGUUACUCAAACAGCGAGCUGUUUGGAGCUCUGGAAGGGCUGGGCCUGAGUGCUGAGGACCUGGAGUUGCUGCUGCUAGAUGAGCGUAUGAUCAGAGUUGAGAUGGACCCUGAACACGUGCCCACUUUGGAUGAUCUGCUGACAAAUGAUGAGAUUCUCUCUUACAUCUAUGACUCGAUAGAAGGAAGGACUGAUUCCACCGUACAUGGAGGACAGGUAGCUCCUAGCACUGCCGCAGCCACCUCCACACCAGUGUCAUUAUCAGAAAAUAAUCUUGAUACAAGUGUGCAAAUGCAGUUUUGUCCCUCCAAGCCUCCAAUAAUGGAGCACACUCCCAUUGUCCAGCUAUCCCAGCAGAUGCAACAGCAUCUCAACAUGCGAACCACUAAAGUACCACCUAACUGGGGCCAGCAGAGUGACCAUUUCCCCCACAGGAUAGUAAAUGGAGAGCUGCUGGGGCAAAAUCAGUCUAUUGCCAAUGGACAAUGGACAGCCCAAGACAUUCUAGUCCCAGCAGAGAUCGAGUUGGAGCAACUGACCACACAGCAGACUACUUUCAAUGACAAGGCCUCAGACUUGAAUAGCAAGCUUCACCAACACUACCUUCAGCAGGAGCAGCAACCAAGGACCCAGAAGCAGCUCUCACUACAGUGCCAUGCCAAACAGACGGCAGCAAACCUUGACGGGCGAUGUGGUCCGUCGAGCCCAGAGCAUUCAGCAGAAAAAAUGCCGUGGCAGAACUACAGCUUCAGCGAAAGCCUGGGCAGCAGUUUCUGCAUUGACAACAGCCAAAACGCUCUUACAAACACCUCACUGGGGUCUUGCAGGGAUUAUAACAAGCCCACUAUGGACAGUGUGGAUUACACAGUCAGUGGAGGUGGUUUGCUUGAGAGAAGUGCAGAACAGCGGGGCGCUGAGAGCACAGUUGCAUCUUUUCGUGGAAUGAACCACAAAAGCCACCCAGAGCAGAUCCCGGGCCCCUUGUUCGAGGUCAUCUCCAGUCUGUCGCAGUGCCCUCCCUGCACUAGCCCCCUGGAGCAGAUUCUAAGAGUGGGUAAGCCCUGCUGCCAGCUCGACCACUUUGGCUUGGUGACCUCUGAGAUCCUUGACGACCCCAGUCACAGCAAG